GCAAGCGCCGCGCGGAGGCCGCCGCGGCCGCGGAGGCCGGCGCGGCGGCAGAGACCGCUGGCACUGCCGCGGAAGCCACCAGCGCAGAGGCGCGGCCGGCCGGCGCGCUACGAGCGGCGGCAGAUGGCCGACGGCGGGGUGGCCCUCAAGCACCCGCUGCUGGGGGAGCUGGAGGUCCCCCCCGGCAAGGAGCCCGACGCGUUCGUGGCCGCCAAGCUGAAGCAGCUGCGGAAAGCUGUCAAGAGGCAGCUCGAGUGGUAUUUCGGAGACGUCAACUGGGCGCGGGAUUCUCAUAUACGGAUGCUGGCCGACGACGAGGGUUUCGUGCAGGUCGCCAGCAUCGCCGAUUUUGACCGCCUGAAGUCGCUGGCGAGCGACCAGGCGUUCAUCUCCGAGUGCGCGGCGGACUCGGACAUCAUCGAGGUGUCGCCGCGCGGGGAGGCCCUACGGCGGCGCGCCGGGGCGGGGUCCUGAGGGUCUCGGUGGGCCCUGGGCUCCCCCCCCCCUCAGCGGGGGGGUCCGCCCCUUCGCUGGGCCUCCGCGCGGGCGCGCGGCUUUUGUUGGGGGGCGCGGCGCGCGGCGCGCCCGCCGGCGUGCGCGCG